UAAACAAGUGAAGAAAUUGAGAAAGAAGACGGUAGCGGGCUGUCCUUCACUUCUCCGAGAAGAGUGCCGGGCCCGGUACCAACAAUUAGCCGGACAUGACACCUCUUUCUCGCUCUUCACACACCCCUGCGAACCGCGCAGCAUCUGUCAAACCCGAGGCCUCAGGGAGCCAGGCAUCCGAUGACGAGGAUUCCACAUUACAGACCUUGGGAACAGAGUCUCAAUCUGGGACGCCGUCGUCCGCUCCCCCGGGUAAUCGCGCCGAGAGUGCCAGCGAAACCCCUUCUGUUCCUCUCCAAAAGCGCCGGAGAGUCACGCGCGCUUGCGAUGAAUGUCGUAGGAAAAAGAUAAAAUGCGAUGGCAAGCAACCCUGUACUCACUGCCAGGUGUACAGUUACGAAUGCACCUAUGACAAACCCUCCAAUAGGCGUAGGAAUCCGGCCCCGCAGUACAUUGAGGCAUUGGAAAACAAGUUGUCGAGAGCGGAAGCGUUGCUUCGCAAAUUCAUGCCAGAUGUCGACCUCAAUGAUCCAAGUCUAGACCCCGCUGUCCAACAGGAGUUUCGCAUUCGGGAGCAAGCCAAACUUCGAGGUACUACAUCCAAGGGGAAGCAGGCCAGCUCAUCAUCGUCUCUGGAUGCCCAGUUACAUUCUAUGAUCGAAACCGUUGGCCAACUUGACCUUGACGACAAGGGCGAUUAUGAUUUUCAUGGAACCUCUUCAGGUUCGGUAUUCUUCAAGAGGAUGAAGGAACAUUUCCGCAGUCUACUUGGCAGGGACUACCAGAUCCCAUUUCUUCCUCGCCCGCCGCGACCAGCCGGUGUUGCUCUUGAUUCGCCAAGGUCGUCGUCAAGCUCGCGACUGCCACCAAGCCACGCACCCAGCGUGUACGACUUACCUCCCAAGGGGAGAGCUCUCGCUUUAUGCGCCGAGUCUCUUAACAACGCGACAUGUCUCCUACGAAUCGUUCACAUACCUUCUUUCUACAAAAUGUUGGACAAUCUAUAUGAUAAACCGGCGGAUGCACUUGCAAAAGACAAGAGGAGUUUAGCAUUAGCGUACUCCGUCAUGGCACUUGGAUGCAUGUACAACAUUCCGGACAACGACAUCUCGGAUAUGCCACCAUACAAGAUUUCCAUGGAUGAAGCGGUCAAAUAUUAUAGCGCUGCAAGGAUGUUGCUACAGGAUAUAACCGAAUGUCGAGAUCUCACGUCACUUCAGGCAUUGCUGUUCAUGAUAUUAUUUAUACAAUCGGUAUCCAAUUUAAGUACAUGCUAUGGCUUUGUAGGGAUUGCUUUGCGCUCCGCGUUAAGAAUGGGGUUACACCGACAUCUACCUCAUAUAAAACUGAAUCCCAUCGAAGCGGAGACGAGAAGAAGGGUAUUUUAUAUAUGUCGGCAAAUGGAUACGUAUGUAUCUGCGUUGCUAGGAUUCCCCUUACUUCUGAACGACGAGGACAUCGACCAGCCUUUGCCAACUCCUGUGGAUGAUCAGUAUAUCACAAGGGACAAAAUACACAUUCCACCCCCCGGAACCCCUUCGUUUUUCGAGGCCUUCAACGCGCAUGUAAAGUUGAUGGACAUUUUGGGCAAGGUUGUGAAACAAAUAUAUCCCCUGAAAGGCAUUGAGCAGAAUGAGGGCACAGCCGCCGAAGGCGCUAGGGAACCUUACGCAUCUUAUAUGAUUAGCUAUGGGAAGAUUAAAGAAAUGGAAAAGGAGCUUCAACGAUGGAAUGAGGAGUUACCAAUUGCCUGGCGGCCGGAUCCUGAAGGCCCUGUCGAAGUUGUCCGGGUUCGCAACCUUUUGAGGUUUACGUUCGCCCAUGUGCAGAUGGUGCUAUAUAGGCCAUUUUUGCAUUAUGUUUCGCCCCGGAUUUCGGCUGGCAAAGACGUGAAUGAGCGUGCUUAUGCCUGUGGAGCCGCCGGGAUAAGUGUCGCCCGAAAUAUCGUCCACAUUGGAACAGAGAUGCGGAAACAGGUUUCUCUCGUCGGGCCAUACUGGUUUACACUUUUCACCGAAUUUUUCGCCAUCAUAACAUUGGUCUUCUUCGUGCUAGAGAAUCAAGACAAGCCAGGGUCUACGGAGAUUCUUGCAGAUGCCGUUGCGGGCAAAAAUAUGAUUUGUGAACUUUCGAGGAAGAGCUUGGUUGCGGAUCGUAUAUCUGCCUCUUUAGCUAUGCUCUUCGAGCAAUUGCCGGAUAAUUUGAAGGAGGUGAAGGCAGCGUCAUCGCGGAAACGCCCUGCUUCGGGGGCAUGUGAUAGCAACACGUCGAUAUUCCUCUCGACAUAUGCUACCGAAUCAACGUCCUCCCAUCCUAAUAAACCCAAUGGCUCCCAAGGCACAUUAUCGAAAAAGGCUGGGAAAGCCCCAGCGGUACCCAUCACGCAAGGCAUACCGGUCGAGGACCUUCCGCAGCCAGAACUCGGCGGGUCAUUCUCCUCGAGUUUUCAGUUCUCACCGUUGGACUUAUCAAUACCGUCACCUGAUUCCGUGACUGCGGCGGCCCUGCAUGAACCAAGUCCCAUGGACCUGCAGCACCAAGCAUUUGGUGGAAGCAACCCGAUUAAUGAGCUUGAUGCUGUGAUGUUUCCCUCGGACGAUCCCUUGGCAUACCCCAACCAACCACAAGUUGAUUUCGGGCCUCAUCAUUCCGGUAUCUCUAAUGUUAGCCCUGGGGAUAUUUCACGUCACGACCCAUCCCAGUACUAUAUGCCUGACUUUUACGAGGGCAUCGAAGGGCAACUCAUGGGGCCGUUACCACCGUACUUAUUGCAAUCUCAAGGGCAGCCAGGCUUUAACUUUCCGGUCGAGAUGUAUUCGGAUCCAAUGCUACAGCAACUCCACUCUAUAGAAAAUCCAGCAUCACAGCCGCAGGCUCAAUUCCACUCUGGCCAAUCACGGUCGGUGCGACGACGGGGCCAGCAGUCAAGAGAUAUGGAAGAAUUACUAGCUAAUGCGUCGUGGCAUGGAUCAUUUCCCCACCGUGAAAUGGACUAGGUCAGGUUUAUGAAUAGAAAAAGGAUACCCCCUUGCAUGACUGCAACACUGACUUUCCACGAAUCUUUGCUUGCUUAGAUGAUUGUACGGGAGACGGAGUUUUGGGGCAAUUAAAAAAAAAAGUAUUUUGGGGGUUGACGUCGAUUAUGGGGCCCCUGAUAUCUGUGAAUGAUGAUGUUCGUGUCAUA